AUGGCGAACUGGAGUCCUAAUUCCUGGACCACAAAACCCAUCAAGCAGGAUGUGGUCUACGAGGAUGUACAAGGUGUCAAAGAUGCACUGGAAAAGCUCCAUAAGCUCCCACCGCUUGUUACCACCCAAGAGAUCAACAACCUCAAGAGCAGCCUGAGAAAUGUAGCCCUGGGGAAGGCGUUCGUUCUCCAAGGAGGCGAUUGUGCCGAACUAUUUGACUACUGCAAUCAAGAUAUGAUCGAGGCCAAAGUCAAGCUUUUGCUGCAAAUGAGUUUGAUUCUCAUCUGGGGAGCCAACAAACCCGUCAUUCGAAUUGCCCGCAUUGCAGGCCAAUUUGCCAAACCGCGAUCCAGCCCCACAGAAGUCAUCAGCGGGGUAGAGAUGCCCUCAUUCCGUGGCGACAAUAUCAAUGGGUUUGCUGCCGACGUGGAAUCCAGGCGUCCAGACCCAUCGCGUCUGGUAUCAGCAUACUUUCACUCUGCGGCGACCUUGAAUUACCUGCGUGCAUCUCUUUCUUCGGGUCUUGCAGACCUUCACUCUCCUCUCGACUGGGGUCUCGGCCAUGUUAUCACUCCCGCAAUCAGGGAGCAAUACGCCCAAAUUGUCAAAGCAGUCAAAGAUGCGCUAAAAUUCAUGAAGACUGUCGGCAUUGAUAAAGAUCGAGGUGUAGAGACCGCUGAUAUCUAUACCAGCCACGAGGGACUGUCCUUGGAAUACGAACAGAGUCUGACACGAUUGCUCCGGCACCCAGCUCAUGCCAGCACGGAAACAACGGGGGAGAUGGGAAGUGGUUUCUACGCCACCUCUGGCCACUUCAUCUGGAUUGGUGACCGCACGCGACAGCUCGAUGGUGCCCAUGUGGAGUUCUUCCGUGGAAUUGCCAACCCAAUCGGCAUCAAGGUUGGACCUAGUAUGCAGGGCGAUGAGCUAGUCCGCUUGCUCGAUGUGGUAAACCCAGCCAAGGAAAUCGGUAAAGUGACUCUCAUAUCACGAUACGGCGCGAAGAAAAUUGCCAAUUUCCUUCCAGGCCACAUUGCCGCUGUCCAGGCGUCUGGCCAUAUUCCUGUCUGGCAAUGCGACCCGAUGCAUGGCAAUACACAAGCGACUCCCUCCGGCGUCAAGACUCGUCACUUUACGGAUAUAUUAGAGGAACUGCGACAGGCUUUGGAGAUUCAUCGGGCGGCCGGGUCAUUCUUGGGUGGUAUGCAUCUCGAGCUGACCGGCGAAGCAGUAACCGAGUGCGUGGGCGGUGCGGCUGGGCUUACUGAGGAUGGGCUCGGGGAACGGUAUACAACAUUCUGUGACCCUCGUCUCAAUGAGAAGCAAGCUCUUGAAUUGGCCUUCCUUGUUGCAGGUUUCUACCGCCAGGAGUCAGACGAUUAA